GUCGGCCGCGGGCUCAGCACUGGGAUGGCGCUGUACGCCGCCAACCAGGGGCAGCAGUGCCCGGCGUGCACCUGCGCGCCCCUGUGCCCGGAGUUGCGCUGCGACUGCUCCGGUCUGCAGGGCUCGAGCAGCCAGGGGCCGGGCCUCUGGUCGGUGGCGCUGGCCUGCGCCGCCAGCGGGCUCGUGGGGGCCUGCAGCGCGGCGCUGGCCUUCUGGCGCCUGAGCGGCCGCUUCCUCGGGCCGCGCGGCGCGGCGCUGGCCACUGGCGGGGAGGCCGACUUCGAGGAGCAGGCGCGGGCCCAGGCGCGCGUGGCGCGCGCCAAGCCCGGGGACUUCAUCGGCGUGCAGUACAACAUCGGCGGCGUGGCGCUCGUCCAUGGGCGGCUCGUGGUGCCGGUGCCGCCUGGGCGGCCUGACAGCGCGAGCAUCGUCACGCCGGACGCUGACGAGUACGAGGAGAAGUACGUGGGCUCGGCGGACGUGUUGAGGUGGGACGUCUUCCCCGGGGGCGCUGCUGGCGGCGUGAUGCCGUGGGCCCCGGGGGCCCGCUACUACAGGUUCCGCAGCCUGCUGACGCCGGCGACCAUCCUGGCGGCCGCGGACGCCGCGGCGGGUCGGCUCGGGCUCCCCGCCCCUCCAGGGCCGAUCGUGGCCAACGCGGGUGGGCGGGCGAUCGGAGCGCCGGCCGCCGCGCCGCUGGGCGGGCUCGUGCCGCCGGCCGUGGGCCCCGCUGCCGCCCCGGCUGCCGCCCCGGCUGCCGGCGUGGCCGCGCUGGUGGCUGCCCUCGGCGGGCCAGCGGUGGCGCUCGCGCCCCUGCUGGCGCUCGCGGCGCCGCCGCCUGGCGCGGCCGCGGCCGCCGCGGCCCCCGCGGCCUUCGCCGACGUCCGCGUGCAGCCCGUGGUGUACAACGCCCUCUGCUCCAGGCGGAUCGGCUUCGGCGACGCGGUGGCGCGCAUGGUUGAGCACCAGUGGCCGGACUGGCCGGUCACCGGCCCACGCGCGACGCUGUGGGUCUGCCAGUUCAUGAAGGACAAUGGGCUGUCGCCCCUCGGGCGCCACAGCAAGUGGAGGUCAGAGGGCCGCCUCGCGCUUGCCGACGGCGGCGUGGCCGAGCACGAGCGCUGCUGCUCGUACCUCGAGCAGAUGGUGUGUUUCGAUCAGUUGAACGUCCUGGACAUCGCGGCGGCGGAGAUGAUCUGCCGGAGCAUCCAGGUGCAGGAGGGGAGGUGGCGCGAGCGGUUCGUGUCGAGUGCCGACGAGUCGCUGGACUCCUACUUGUUCUACGGCACCUCGUCCAACCGUGGCGGCGUGUGCGUGCACCCCCAGCUGCUGGCCCACGUCAGCGCCGAGCUGUCGAAGGAGUACGCCGUGGCAAAUGAGAGGCGCAAGGCGAGGGAGGAGCGACA